GGCUUUAAUUAGGACGGAAGCAGGCGAGUCGACAGACUGCGGGAGGAGACGCGGAGGAGACACUGCUGUCCUCUGACUUCAUAUUCUGACCGGUACCACAGAUGGACGUGCUGCUGCUGAACCGGACGGACUUCGUCCUGCCGCUGGCUGAGUACAGCUUCGAGCGACGCUUCGACGAGAGAGGAGCGAUCGAGUGGAUGCAGGCGAACUGGAGUAAGUCCUUUGUGGUCAGCGCUCUGUACGCCGCCCUGGUGUUUGGCGGUCAGCACUUCAUGAAGCCUCGAGCGAAGAUGAACCUGCGGCGGCCGCUCGUCCUCUGGUCGCUCAGCCUCGCUCUCUUCAGCAUCAUCGGCGCGCUGAGGACGGGCAGCUACAUGUUUCACAUCCUGAGCAGCAGCGGCUUCAGACGCUCCAUCUGUGACCAGAGCUUCUACAACGGACCCGUCAGCAAGUUCUGGGCGUACGCCUUCGUCCUGAGCAAAGCUCCAGAGCUCGGUGACACGGCGUUCAUCGUGCUGAGGAAGCAGAAGCUGCUCUUCCUGCACUGGUACCACCACAUCACCGUGCUGCUGUACUCCUGGUACUCCUACAAAGACAUGGUGGCUGGUGGCGGCUGGUUCAUGACCAUGAACUACACCGUGCACGCGCUCAUGUACAGCUACUACGCGGCGCGUGCCGCCGGCCUGCGGGUGCCGCGGCCCUUCGCUGUGCUCAUCACCAGCGCGCAGAUCGCUCAGAUGGGGAUGGGCGUGGCGGUGAGCUGGCUGGUGUACCGCUGGAUGCAGCACGGCGACUGUCCAUCACGACUCGACAACAUCACCUGGGCGGCGCUCAUGUACCUCAGCUACCUGCUGCUCUUCUCCAACUUCUUCUACCAGACGUACCUGCGGCGCCAGAGCAAGACCAACAAGACUGAGUAGAGAGGCCCCUGCAGGGGAUUGUGGGAGAUUUGUCGUCCUCUGACUGAGACUGAAGCUGCUACAUUUAACAGAGGCUUUAAUAUUUAAAUGUUUUCAUGGUUCAGGACAAACAGAACGACAUGUGCCUUUUUCUCAGGAACCUCUUCAGCCCAGUCGAUCAGCUGAUGAUCAGUUCUAACACACAUGUUAAUUUUUAUUUAUUGUUCAGGUUAAAAAAGGUUUUAUCAGUUGGUUCAGUGUUUUCAGUCCACGUGUUCAUCAGCUCAUCAGUUUGUCUCAGCAUCACAUUCCAGCAGCUUGUUGCUCAUCGCUGAACUGGUUUCACUGGUUUCACCUGCACACACACCUCCAUUCAUGUCGCUGAGGAGCCAAUCAGGAGGCGGAGAUGCUGCAGCAGAGACUGUUUGUUUGGUUAACAGACGGCGUUUCUUUGUUUUCUCUUCACAUGAGGUGAUUUAAAGACUUGAGCCUGUCGAGCUCUUCAUGUUUCAGAUGUGUGGAGGUUCAGACUGACCUGAGGUGACGCUGCUGUUCAUCCAGCUUUCAGAGGUGCAUCAGUAUUUCACUUGUUGAGGUUUGAUUCACUCAGAUAUUUACAGCUGAACACUUUUAUCUUCACAUUCUUUGGAUGGAUUGUAAAAGAUGUCUAACUGUCUGAAGAAAACAGGAAAUAUUUUGUGUUUGGUUUAAAUCUGCACCAAAGUUUUCUACAACAGUCAAAUGUGUGAAGUUUCCAAGAUGAAAAGCAGAGAGCAGUUUCAGUUCAGGUUUUUAUCAGUCGUCUGUUCAUAAACUUCCAGCUGAGACAGAAACUCUUUCUGUGUAUUAUUGAUGUGACGUAUGAUGGCAGCUGCUCGGCAGCCGGAGCGUCUCCAACACUUUGUUCCGCUACAUGUUGUGACUUUAUUUAAAUCACCUGGUGAAUAUUUAACAUUUUGUACGUUUGUUCUUGCAGCUGCUCGUCUGUUUGGUUUCAGUGUGUGAUGGUGAAAUUAAGAAGUGAUGAUGAUGAUGAUGAUGAUGAUGAUGAUGGUUUCCUGUAUGAACACACUGAACUCAUUAUGAUUCUGCUGUUGUUGAAUUAGUUCACAUCAACCUGUUUUACUGUUUGUGAAAAUAUAAUAAAGAAUGUGUUUUAUACA